CUACAUGUAUUUUGCGGAACUCGAACAACUCAACGAGAACGAAACAAGAGAAUUCGAUAUCUACGUUAAUGAUAAAUCCUGGUACGAUAACAUGUCUCCCGAAUACUUGAGCGGAGAUAGCAUCCAUAGCACCGAAGCCGUAGAAGUUGAAGGUGGAGUAAAACUGAGUAUUUCGCUCAGAAAAACCAAAAACUCAACGCUACCGCCCCUUAUAAAUGCCAUGGAGAUUUACAUCCAAAAAGAGCUCUCACAAAAAGAAACCAACCAAAUGGAUGAAAAAUCUAUGUGGAAUGUCAAGGAAGUAUAUGGAUUAAAGAGAAACUGGCAAGGAGAUCCUUGUAACCCUGGCAAUUUCACGUGGGAUGGUGUUGGGUGUGAUUCCAAUAAUUCGUCUAACAUUGUGUCUUUGAAUCUGUCGUCAUGUGAACUAAAGGGGGAAAUUGCUUCUUCCAUUGCCAAUCUGACCAUGUUAAACAAUCUGGAUUUAUCAAACAACAGCCUGAACGGGGCCGUGCCUGAAUUUUUGGCUCAACUUUCAUCCUUAAAAUUUUUAAACCUUAAAGGAAACAACCUCACUGGCCCAAUCCCAGACGCACUCCUUCAAAGAUUAAAGAAUAAUCAAUUAUAUUUAAGCUUUGAUACAAACAUGAACAGUCCGUGCUCAUCGUGCGAAAAAAAGAAAAAAAAAAUUGUUGUCCCACUGGUUGCUUCACUCGGCGUAUCACUUGUUAUCGUAUUUAUUAUUGUGUCAGUAAUUUGGAUCUUCAAAAGAAGAUCAAGACGGCCAGCGGCCCCUAAAGAUUUGAAGGAGUCCAAUAUUGGAGGAGAGAAUGAUGAUAAUAUUUUUUCAAAAAAACAACAAUUUACGUACUCAGAGAUUCUGAGAAUAACCAACAACUUUGAUAGGAUAAUAGGAGAAGGCGGAUUUGGAAAGGUUUACUACGGCAACUUAAGGGGCAUUGAGGUUGCAGUGAAGAUGCUGUCUCUCUCGUCAUUCCAAGGGCAUCAACAAUUUCAUGCAGAGCUUAAGUCACUUAUGAGAGUUCAUCAUAGAAACUUGACUACCCUUGUUGGAUAUUGCAACGAGAAGGAUCAUAUUGGACUCAUCUACGAGUACAUGGCUAUGGGAAACUUAAAAUCACUACUUUUAGGUAGAAGUCCAAGCAUCCUGAGUUGGGAAGACAGACUUCGGAUAGCAAUAGACACAGAACAAGGACUUGAGUACUUGCACAACGGAUGCAAGCCGGCAAUAAUUCACAGAGAUGUGAAGUCGACAAACAUUUUGUUGAAUGAAAAGUUUCAAGCUAAACUAGCUGAUUUUGGCGUGUCCAAGAUUUUCUCCAACGAGGAUGACAAACAAAGUGUUAGUGGCAGUCUUGGUGUAUCCACCAAUGUUGUUGGUACUCCUGGAUAUCUCGACCCCGAGUAUUAUUCAACAAAUUGGCUCAAUGAGAAAAGUGAUGUUUUCAGUUUUGGAGUUGUAUUAUUGGAGUUAAUCACAGCUCGUCCAGUGUUAACAAGAGCGAGAGAGAAUGCUCACGUAAUACAGUGGGUUGGUUCGAAGCUUGUAAAUGGAGAUAUUGAAAACAUUAUCGAUCCAAGACUUGAAGGGUGUUUUUGUGUUAAUACUGUUUGGAAAACUAUUGAAAUAGCAAUGGCUUGUGUCUCGAAAACUUCCUCCAAUAGGCCAACUAUGAAUCACGUAGCAACUGAAUUAAAGGAGUGUUUGGCAGCAGAGUUAACCUGGAAGAACAACAAUAGUAUGGUUGAAUCAAAAGAUUUGUUGGUGGAAAUGAUGAACUAUAGUACGGCCCCAGAACAACAUAUUCCUCUAGCUAGGUAGUUCUCAAAAACAUGGAUGUCAUUAUUCUUCUGAAAAGUAAAAGCUUAAUUAAGAUGGCUUGGUGUGUAUGUUUUUUAGGUAUGCGCGCGUAUGAAAAUUUUCCUAUUUUUUAAAUACCCUUUUGUGCUUAAUUGACUCUAUAAUAUUGUGCGCAUAAUUCCAAAAAUUAUUUACCAACUC